GUCGAUAAUAAAUCCAAAAUUUAAGGCGGGAUAUACGUACAUGUUUGCUGUGUUAGUGUUGUUAUAUUGCACUUGAACUACUGUACAUGAGCUGAUGCAUCUGACAGUGCUUUGUCGUAGUUUAAGACCAAUAAUUCUAAAUAGAUUACACAUCAUGCAGUGUCAGCUAAGGCCAACAACACGGCUGAAUUCAGCUCCUCACAACAUCGAUGUUCCCCGUGACCAGACCAUCGUCCUCGGCCGCAGCCCCGUUACUGGCAUCACGGAUAAGAAACUCUCCAGACAACACGUGGAAGUGACAGCUGCUUAUUCUUCUCAGACACUUACCGUUAAGCAGAUUGGUCCCAAUGCGGCCUGUUUCCAUGGCAACGAAUUGCAGAAAGGAGCAACAGUGAAGUUAUCCAAGGAUGACUGCUUUGAGCUUCUCCAAGGAAAGUAUGAGUACAGUGUGUACUUUAGCGAUACUCAGUCAGAGAGUCCAGGUACGUCGACCGGUAAAUCAUCUGGAAACUCAAUGAAAUCAGACACAAAAGACAAGACGGACAAAGAAGAGAGAUUGAAUGAGGGGAGGAAGCAAGUAAAAUCCGCCAAGAAGAGACCUCUCGAUAGUGAUGGCGAUGAUAGUGAUAGUGGAAAGGAAGAGGAACCAGAGAGUAAGAAGAUCAAGAAGGAAACGAAACCGUCAGAGGAUGACAUCGAUCAGAAGUUGGCUGCGCUGCAACGGAAAGCGGAAGAUGCAGAACGGAAACAGAAAGCCAAGAAGCUUAACGAGCCCAACGAGAGCAAGAGUCUUAAAGCCAGUCGAAUGGGUGAAGGAGGAGAGAGGACAUCACCUGGUGUGUCGAAAGGGAAUGGGAAUGGGGACACAUCUGGUGGAGGAAGUGGUGGUGGUGCCCCUGCAGCUGGAAGUGGGAAACCCAGCACUGUGGAAGAGUGGAAGGAAGAUGGCAAGCUGCUGGUUUAUAAGAGUGUAGGAGUGAAAGCAGGCUCAAAGGUAGCAGGCUUUGACAUGGACGGCACACUGAUAACCACAUCCUCAGGGAAGGUCUUUGCUCAGAAUGCAGAUGACUGGAAAAUCAUUUUCUCUGAAGUGCCUGGCAAACUAAAGAAGCUGCAUGAAGGAGGAUACAAGAUAGUAAUUUUCACCAACCAACUUGGGAUCAGCAAAGGCAAACUGAGUGUCAAAGACUUCAGGAGAAAACUCUGCAACGUCCAGAAAAAGCUCGGAGUGCCCAUGCAGGCUUUUGCUGCUACGUCAGGAGGUGUAUACCGCAAGCCUAUGACAGGGAUGUGGGAAUACUUCCAAUCGAAAGGCAAUGACGGUAUCACUGUUGAUAUCAAGGCUAGCAUCUAUGUUGGAGAUGCGGCAGGCAGGCCAGCAGACUGGACCCCUAAGAGGAAGAAAGACUUCUCCAUGAGUGACCGUCUGUUUGCCCUGAAUGUUGGUAUUCCAUUCAAGACACCUGAAGAGUUCUUCUUGGGCUACAAACCAGCCAAGUUCAACAUGCCAGCCUUUGAUCCAACAACCGUCUCCACCAGUACGCCAUUGUUCCACCCACCAAGUACCGCAUUGCCUGCCAGUGUGCAAGAGGUUGUCAUACUGGUUGGAUUUCCUGCAUCUGGAAAGAGCACAUUUGUGAAAAAUCAUGUACUGCCGCACAAAUAUGUUCAUGUGAAUAGGGAUACCAUGGGCUCAUGGCAGAAGUGUGUAGCUGCUUGCUCCUCUGCUCUCUGCAAGGGUCAGAGCGUGGUCAUUGACAAUACCAAUGCAGAUGUAGACUCAAGAAAGAGAUAUGUUGACUGUGCCAAGAAGGCUAAUGUCCAGUGCAGAUGUUUUUCUUUCACAACUACCUUUGACCAUGCAAGACACAAUGAAAAGUUCCGGCAGCUGACUCCCGCUGGAAAGAACCACGCUUCCAUCGCGGACAUGAUCUUCUACACCUUCAGGAAGAAUUUUGUGGCGCCGAAAAAGGAGGAAGGUUACUCGGAGGUCGUUCAGGUCAACUUCCUGCCGACCUUCAACAACAAAGAUGAGGAGAAACUCUACAAGAAAUUUCUUCUGGAGAAGUAAUCAGAACUGUGAUAACAAUUUUAAUGU